CCUCAUGGUUCCUAAUCGGAUUUGUUUCUGCUCGCCACAACGGGAACUCCAAUAUUUUACUUUUUAAGUAUGUUUUGAGAGACUGGUUUUUAGGUGCAAAUGUCCCAAGUCUGCCAUACUUCUUGCAAAAGUCAGAAAUUUAUAGUCCUAAUCCAAAACAAACCAUAACUAAUGUGAAGAAACACCGCUGGCACUCUAAUGCACAGCACUGAACCAAAAGGAAUUUGGAUACAGAGGGUAACUAAAGAAAAUGAGCAUUCUAGUAAUUAUAGCUCUUACAUCCAUUCUGGCUUCAGAAAAAUGAGCAGGAUAACAAAGGCAAUGGCAAAGCUAAACUGCAAUGAGGAAAUGAGCAGUAAAAACAAAGUGCAAAAUAUUGUUUCUAUUAAAAAUGAAAGUCAGAAUUAGGGACACUUGUUAAAAAUUAACAACUCUUGCUUAAAAAUUGAAAAAGAAGAAGCUCUAACAUCACAUUGUCUUACACCCACACUCCCUUUCCCAACCCUCGAGUUUGUUGGGAAAAGCAAAAGGGGGUUGGGGAAAAAAGGAACUAGAGGAGAAAGCUGGAGAAUAAGCAUGACACCAUGGAUUUUCAGAAAGUUUAGGUAGGAUGUUUAACUGGGAGAAAGUAUGUAAGUGGACUGCAGAAUGUCAGAGACAGAGGAAAUCAAAUCUCGUCUGGUUUAUCCAACCCCCUCCUUUGACAGAUGGAGACACUUGGAAAAUUAAGGGACUUGCCAAAGUCCCACAACAAGUUAGUGACUAUCAGAGCUAAAACCCAAGUGUCUCAACUCCAAGUUCUUUCCACUACUCCACACUCUAGUUCUGUUGAAUGAGAUGGACAAGGCAGAACACCAAUAUUUUAUGUGGUUAUAAAUUCUCUUCUUCUUGCUUUUCUUGACACCCAAUUCUUCUAUAUUAUUUUUCAGGUCUGCUUUGAAUUAUUUCCUUCUACUCCAAAGGCACCUGUGACCUGGAUGAUGUGCGAUCUAUUUAUGCUUACUUCGCAGAAUUGUUUUCCAGCUCCAUCACUGGAUGUUCCCAGAGCCAUGAGCUCGGAAUGAUCACGGUCUUCCUCUGGGUAGAUUUGGGUGUUCCAGGCACAGGGCCUCAUCCUGUUACACCAUCCUCCCAGUUAUCACAUGGCUCAUGCUUCCGAGGAAACGGAAACAUCCCCACCACUAGCUGGAGAGCAAAAGAGCUUGAAUUUGCACAGCGGAUCCAGCCACGUGGCAUUUGGAAAAUUGGAAGGCCUGGCCUCAGGUUACCAAGCAGUGCGGCUCAGUCCCGCCUGUUGGCUGGCUUCCCAGGCCCUAAGUAUAAAGGCUCAGGCCGGCUGUCAUUAAACCGUACUGAGCAGCGCUUUGAAUUUCUCCAAGGCUGUGCGCCUCUAUGAGUUGGUGCUCCGGGCGGAACGAUGCAGAGACCUGAAUGACGCCGCACCCCAGGCUGACCAGCUCCAGUAGUGGGUCGUCUAGCGUCUGGUACCUCCUGCCUGAUGUGGUGCCUGGAGCGGCUCCUCUGGGGACCUGAGCGCCUCCUGCGGGGCGGAAACCGGUUUUUCCAGGGUCAGACCGGUGGAGCCACGGCCGUCGCACCCGCCACUUGCGCAAACGUGCUCACCCCGGACCACAUCCCCGAAUUCUGCAUUCCCCCACGACUCGCGCCUUGUCCGACCCUGGCUGUAACCCGCCACACGUGGUGUGACCAAGCAGGAAGAGACGACGGCUUGGGGCGCACGGAUUGGGACCCGCGCUCGCAGGCCGCGCUCUCUCUGCCGCACCUGCCCCGCACGCGCACGGCCUAUGGUUUCUGCGCGCUGCUCGAAAGCCCGCACACUCGCCGCAGGGAGUCGCUUUUCCUGGGCGGAUCUGGCACCGCUGAGCUCCUGCCUGAGCCCCGUCCCCGGGCGCGCACCUACGGCGGCGGGGGCGGAGCCGGAGGAGACACCUUCCUCCCUACCAGACCCGGAGCUCCUGCGGCGCCUCCAGCGGCCCCUGGUGGUCUCCGCUCGCUUCCCGACGCGCUGGUCCCGCAGCCCCGCGGCCGCCGCCUCCUACGCGUGCCCGAGGGGCUGCUGCGCCGUGCCCAGCGGGCCCGAAGGAGCGGUGGCUUGGCUCGCGCCCGCUCUGUCUCCAGCGGGGACAAGGAGGAAGACGACGAGCUUCGCGCCAGCUCUCGGUCCCGGGCCUCGGCCCCCGCCGCGUCCCCUCCGCCGCCCGCCAGCCCGCGGCCAGAGCGCCUAGAGGCCGAGGGCACCGUGGCUCUGGACGACGCUGGUGGCGCCCUGCGCUUGGCCGCCGAAUACAGUAGGAUCAGCGGGCGUCUCCGCGUCCGUCUGCUCCGCGCCGAGGGCGGGGCGGGAGGGGUCGCCGCACCGCACCCCGUCGGCUGCCGCGUCAGCUUCGUCCUCCUGCAGCCGCCGGGCCAGACGCGCACAUUGCGCGGCAGCGUAGUUCGGCGAAGUCACCGGGCCGUCUUGGAGCAGGACUUGUGUUUGGACGGGCUCUCGGAGGACGAGGUUCGCCGCCUGGCCGUGCGCAUCAAGGCCGAAAACCCGGGCCGCGGCCUGGAGCGGGGCGGCUUGCUGGGCCAGGGCGAGCUGCUGCUGGGCCCCCUCCUGUUCCUCUGAGCGCGUGGCCUGGCCCUGGCCCCUCUCGGACACUAACAACUGCAAUGUCCAAAAUAAACCUGCGUUUAUUCUGCUCAAGCCUUUAUUUCAGUCCGGUAUUGGCAGAAUUGAUACUAGAUUAAUUACCACAGUAAAGGAUCUUGUGUAGUUGCUGCCAAAAUUCUUUUCAGCAAAUGAUAAGGUGUUCUGCAGUGUUUCCCAGUGUAGAUAGCCUAUGGUAUUUCUUGUGUUCUCCACAGUCCUAAUGGGAAAUAAUGAAUCACAUAGAAUAUUAACAUUAGAAGGUGUCUUGGCCAUCUUUUUGCUCCAAUAACCUUAUUUUGAAGUUUGCUCAUUUCACAACAUCCAUUGAGACCAUCUAGAACAUUUAUUACUUUUGAAGCUUUGCUUUAGACCCUGGAUAAGAAGACCAGGAAAGAGGAAGUGACUUGUUCAAAGUAAACAGUGAAUUAUUCCUAAGCUCUCCAAUCUGAUACUCCUGGCUACAUCUUGUUAGAAAACCAAAGGUGUUGAAACCACUUUAAUAUUUUAAGCUUAAAUAAUAAUUAGAAUAGUUUUAUAACUAAUAGUAUCAACAUUUAAUUUUUAAAACAACCCUAAAAAUAAGUAUUGCAAACAUUUUACAGAUGAGGAUAUAGAGGCACAGAAUAAAGAGAUGAAAUCAGGAUUUGCACCUAGGUAAUCUGUAUUUUACUCAUUACUCUAUGUAAGUAAUACUACAGUGUCCAAAGUCUCAACUCACUAAUGUUGUGAAACUGCAUCUUAUAUCUGAAAUUGUUGACUCUGAGGAUGAGGUCUCCUCAGUUCCUCAUACUCUAGUAGAAAAGCAAAUAGGUCAAAAUGACUGAUUGAUCAUUUCAUGCUAAUGAUCAGGCAUUGAAAUGACUGGGUCUAAGAAGGAGGAAGAAGUUAAAGAUCUCAGAGUCAAAGAAAAUGGGGUACCAGCCUUAUCCAUACCAGAAGAGCUAAUGUUCCAGGGCAGUGUGCCUGUAAUGUGCCUGUAACAUUGUUCUACUUCCUCUGGCUUCUGAUGGUAAUAAUAGUUUUAUUAUGUUUUAAAGGGUGAUUUUCUUUCAUUUGUCACAUUGAUUGCCAGCCAGGCAUAUUUCUUCCUCAUGCAUAUAAGAGGAAAAUCUGUCCUAAAUGAGUGUUGGAAAUAUUUAAAUACGUGGUGCAUUGUUAAAUAUGACUGCAUUAUCAGUCUGGAUUCAGAACUGGUUUCUGCUUUCACUAAAAUGCUGACAGUUUUAUCCAUCGAUGCUCAAGAGAAAUGCUAUUUAGAAAA